AGAAAGAAAGAAAUCUCCAAAGAUGGAAAGAAAGACCAAAGCCAACAGUACACAGCGACGUUCAUACGAAGAAUUCCAACCCUCUUUGGAUUGGAAGAGAGAGGAAGGUCAUGAUACUCUUGUCAUCCCUCUACCUGGUUUCAAAAAGGAUCAAAUAAAUUUGCAGAUCAGCUAUCUGGGUAAUUUGAAGAUCAGUGGAGAACGUCCCCUCGAAGAAAACAGAUGGAGCCGUUUUCAUAAGGAUUUUCUCAUUCCAAAGGACUGUAAUGCAGAUGGGAUUCAUGCAAAAUUUGUAGGCGAAGUCCUUUCUGUUACAAUGCCAAAGAAAUCAACUCAGCCACCAGCCCAGAAUGAACAAAAAAGUUUCGAGUUUAGAUUAUAUAACAAAAAGAUGGUUUUAAGUGUAGGUGUGGCCAUUGCUGUGCUGAUUGCCUUGGGGAUUUAUGCAGCACAUAGACUUAAUCUGGUCUAG